UAGAGCCAUAGCUAUUUCUUAUUUGAAGUGCCAGUAGCUAGUUUAUUUCUUUCUCUCCUAUUAUUAUUAGUUGAUCUCUUACCACAACUACAACUUAUCCACAUACAAGUUAUUUUCUUUUCAGAUAAUUAACUGAAUCAAUGGCAUCAUCUUUUGCUUCUACAAGUACUUCACAGUUUCCACACGAAGUCUUUCUAAGUUCAUCAUCUUCUACUUCUACAAGUACUUCACAGUUUCCACGGUGGAAUUACGAUGUCUUUCUAAGUUUUAGAGGUGAAGAUACUCGAAGAACCUUUACAGGUCACCUCUUCAAAUGCUUGGAAAACAGUGGAAUAUUUACGUUUCAAGAUGAUAAAAGGCUAGAGCAUGGUUCAUCAAUAUCAGAUGAACUCUUGAAAGCUAUCGAACAGUCUCAAGUUGCGGUCGUCGUUUUCUCAAAGAAUUAUGCAACAUCGAGGUGGUGCUUAGAUGAGUUAGUAAAGAUCAUGGAAUGCAAGGAUCAAUGUGGACAGACUUGUUCUUCUAUGAUGUGGAACUCGCACAUGUUCGAAACCAGAGGGAGAGCUUUGGCGAAGCCUUUGACAAACACAGAAACAAGAUAUAAGGAUGAUGAUGAAGGAAUGCAGAAGGUCCAAAGAUGGAGGAAUGCUCUAACUGCUGCCGCAAAUCUAAAAGGAUAUGAUAUUGUCGACCAAAUUUCCAAAUUGUGCAAUCGUGCUACUUUGUCUUCUUUGCGAGAUAUUGUCGGAACAGAUACUCAUCUGGAGAAAUUAAAGUCCCUACUUAAGGUAGGAAUCAAUAAUGUUCGGAUCAUAUUGGGGAUCUGGGGCAUGGGCGGUGUAGGGAAGACGACAAUAGCAAGAGCCAUUUUUGACAAUUUAUCUCAUCAAUUUGAAGCUUCUUGUUUCCUUGCGGAUAUUAAAGAAAAUGAAAAAUUGCAUUUUUUGCAAAACACCCUUCUCUCUGAAUUGUUAAGAAGAAAAAAUGAUUACGUCACUAAUAAGCAUGACGGGAAGUGGAUGAUUCCGAACAGACUUUUCUCUAAGAAGGUGUUAAUUGUGCUUGAUGAUAUAAAUCAUAAAGAUCAUUUAGAGUAUUUAGCAGGUGAUAUUGGUUGGUUUGGUAAUGGCAGUAGGGUUGUUGUAACAACUAGAGACAAGCAUUUGAUAGGGAAAUGUAGUGUAAUAUAUGAAGUGACUGCACUACCUGAUUAUGAAUCCAUGCAAUUGUUCAAUCAGUAUGCUUUUGGAAAAGAAUUUCCAGAUGAGCAUUUUAAGGAGCUUUCAUUGGAGGUUGUAAAUUAUGCUAAAGGCCUUCCUUUAGCCCUCAAAGUGUGGGGUUUUUUGCUGCAUAACCUAGGCUUAACUGAAUGGAAAAGUGCGAUAGAGCACAUGAAAAUUAAUUCAAAUUCGGAAAUUGUUGAAAAGCUCAAGAUCAGUUAUGAUGGAUUGGAGCCCAUCCAACAAGAGAUGUUUCUAGAUAUUGCAUGCAUCUUGCGAGGAGAAAAAAAGAUUACGCCAUGCAAGUUCUUGAGAGUUGUCAUAUUGGAGCAGAAUACGAAUUGCGUAUUUUAAUUGAAAAAUCUCUUGUGUCCAUCUCUGAAUAUGAUGAGAUUCAAAUGCAUGACCUAAUUCAAGAUAUGGGUAAAUAUAUAGUGAACUUGCAAUAGAAUUCGGGAGAACGCAGCAGACUAUGGCUCGCCGAGGAUUUCGAAGAAGUGAUGAUCAACAAUACAGUAAGUAGGCUAAACAAUGCAAUAAUAUUUAAUUUCUAAUUUUUAUAUUCCAAAGAUACAUAGGCUAGUCAAUUCCAAUUAUUUGUUCCUCUUUGAUGAUAGGCUAUAAUUGCAUAUUUUAGU